UCCUCUCUCUACCUUGUCUCUAACCACACCGUCUCUGUGUGUCUAUAAAGUGCUGGAUACAUUAACCCAGAAAAGAAAACUCCAGCUCCUCUCUUCUCCAAGAUCAUGACAGAUCCCUACCCGUCUAAUUACUUCAAUGGUUGGUUAAACCUCAACUUCUCUCCACCCGCACCUUCCCUUGCCUAUACUUUUCAUCAUCAUCAAGUUCCUUUCUCAAAUUAUAACAUGAUCAACAGCAGCAGCAAUAGCUUUAUCAGUAGCCACCACCAGUCUUUACCAUCACCUCCCUCUCCUCCUUUGAAAGAAGCCCUUCCUCUACUCAGCCUAAGCCCUACAAGAGAUUAUCAAGAUGAGUUACCUGAGGAUCACGAUCAACAUGCUGAAGAUAAUGAUGAAGAUGAAGAUCAGGAGGAAACUGUUACUGUGGCUUUACAUUUAGGGCUUCCAAACCCUAGCUCUGCUGCUGAUUUAAUCUCAAGGCUCUCCUCCUCAGAGAUCUCAUCUACAGAUAGAGACAACGCAGUCACUACUCCUAAUGCUUCUUCACCAGGGUAUGUCUCAAACAGACUCAACAAGGGCCAGUAUUGGAUCCCAACUCCUUCUCAAAUUUUGAUCGGUCCAACUCAGUUCUCUUGUCCCCUUUGCUUCAAGACCUUCAACAGAUACAAUAACAUGCAGAUGCAUAUGUGGGGGCAUGGAUCUCAAUACAGAAAAGGGCCAGAGUCUCUAAGGGGAACCCAACCGACAGCCAUGCUUAGACUCCCUUGCUAUUGCUGUGCACCAGGUUGCAGGAACAACAUUGACCAUCCUAGGGCAAAGCCUCUUAAAGACUUCAGAACCCUCCAAACGCAUUACAAGAGAAAACAUGGGAUCAAGCCUUUCAUGUGUAGGAAAUGUGGCAAGGCGUUUGCAGUGAGAGGUGAUUGGAGAACCCAUGAGAAGAAUUGCGGAAAGCUUUGGUACUGCACUUGUGGUUCUGAUUUCAAGCACAAGAGGUCGCUCAAGGAUCAUAUCAAGGCUUUUGGGCAUGGACAUGCAGCUUAUGGCAUUGAUUGUUUUGAAGAAGAUGAUGAUGACGAUGCAGCCUCUGAAAUUGAGGAAAUUGACUCUUGCCAUUGAGUGAUGAUCACCUAAUUGCAAGGUGGCCUUACUGUAAUAUGGGAUUUAAUACUUAUGGCUGGGGCUUAGUUUACAGGUCAUAAUGGGGCUUAAUUAGCUUACAAAGCCAUACUCAAGAUCCUAAUAAAUUUGCUUCUGGAAGUUAUCUCUAGCACUUCUUUUUUCUUACUGUUUCUUUCUUAUCUUUUUCCUUCUUGAAACAAUUUCCUUUUCCUUGGUAAAGUAAUGGCUCGUAAGAUGUCAAUGUAAUG